CCCUGUUUUACAAGGAUUUUGAAAUGUCGGAUGCGAAGCACCACUUACACUUAUAACCUCUGGCACGGGGCUCAGUAUCUACACUUUAGACUGGGCGCGGAGCCCUGGCUCGUUCGUUAAGAGAUCUGGGUUCGAUGAAGAUAUGGACGGAUUCGAGUACAUGGAGUUCUCUGGCCGGACAGGACGCGAGCCAAUCGAGGCCUAUAUCCCUGGCCUGCGAGACCUAUUGCACACAGAGGAGGGGAAGCAAGCAUUGGAUGAACUCCUGCGACCAAAGGCAAUCAAGAUCAUGUCGGAAAGGCUUCUCGGUCGGUUCCGUCCAAUUAUCAUGACCAUUGAGAGGAUCAUUGGGAAUGUCAAUCCAGACAACUGGCAAAACGCAAUCGAUGUGACAGAGUCCAUGCAUUGUUUACCCUUAUAUUUACUUACAGAACAAGACAAGAGAGAGAUCUUUAUUUCCUGGGCAGACGGGCACCUUAUAAGGCACUGCCCGUCUGCAUCAUGCGAAGGGCGCUUGUCUUUGCUCGCACGUACUACACAGGUUGAUAUAGUGCAUUCCAGAUUGGUAUCGUACAGGUUCUAUACCGAACAGGAGAAAUCUCUGCCAUGAACUAGUUCGCUUGGAAAACAAGUGCUGUGAGAACUUGUCGAUCUUACAGGAGUUCUCUACGAUAGAGGAGGUUCUGGGAUUAUUUCUC